AUGGCCACUACACUACCCACCACCAACGGCAAGCACGAUGGCGCCAAUGGCACCGACGGAGUCGCCUCGUUCGCUGUCAAGGCUGGCCUUGCCCGCAUGUUGAAGGGCGGUGUCAUUAUGGACGUCGUUAACGCUGAGCAGGCCCGCAUUGCCGAAGAGGCCGGUGCCUGCGCAGUCAUGGCUCUCGAGCGUGUCCCCGCCGACAUUCGCAAGGACGGCGGUGUUGCCCGUAUGUCCGAUCCCAGCAUGAUCAAGGAGAUCAUGGACACCGUCACCAUUCCCGUCAUGGCCAAGGCUCGCAUCGGCCACAUUGUCGAGUGCCAGAUCCUCCAAGCCAUUGGUGUCGACUACAUCGACGAGUCCGAGGUCCUUACCCCCGCCGAUCCCAUCUACCACGUUGAGAAGCACGGAUUCAAGACUCCCUUCGUUUGCGGCUGCCGUGACCUUGGUGAGGCUCUGCGCCGUAUCGCCGAGGGUGCUGCCAUGAUCCGUACCAAGGGUGAGGCUGGUACUGGCGAUGUCAUCGAGGCUGUCCGCCACAUGCAGACUGUCAACCAGCAGAUUGCCCGCGCUGCCGCCAUGUCUGAGCCCGAGCUCCGUGCUUUCGCUCGCGAGAUCGGUGUUCAGUACGAGCUCUUGAAGGAGACUGUUCAGCUCAAGCGUCUGCCCGUGGUCAACUUCGCCGCUGGUGGUAUCGCCACUCCCGCUGACGCUGCUCUCAUGAUGCAGAUGGGCUGCGACGGUGUUUUCGUUGGCUCUGGUAUCUUCAAGAGUGGUGAUGCUGCUAAGCGCGCCAAGGCCAUCGUUCAGGCUGUUACUCACUACAACGACCCCAAGGUUUUGGCCGAGGUCAGCAUUGGUCUCGGUGAAGCCAUGGUUGGCAUCAACUGUGGUUCCAUGGACCCCAAGGACAAGCUCCAGGGCCGUGGCUGGUAA